CUCCGGAUUGGCAGGCAAACCCUCGAAGUGACUGAUUCCGAUUUAACGGUGAAGCACAGACCAAUUGAUGUAACGAAUUAUUCUGAUGAAUAAUAUUAAACUUCAUUCUGAUGAUAAUGUUGAGCUUGCGUUUCCUGACAUUUUAGGCCAAUUAGAAUCGCUUGAUAUGGUAGUCGGAAUCGAAGAUAAACAUAAAGAAAUUUGUUGUUUUAGUUUGCCAAUGAAUCUGAAGAAAUUGACAUUGAGAGAAAGCAUUGGUAAGCUGCCAAAGCUUGAAGUCCUGAAAUUAGUCAAUGUAUCGCUUAUGGAGUGCACAUGGAGAAUGGAAGAAGAAGAGUUCAACAAGCUUAAAAUCUUAGAGUUGAAUUCCUAUGGCCUUCGCUUUUGGAGCGCUUCGGAUGAUCAAUUUGAAUGUCUUGAGAAAUUGGAAUUGCAGGCUUGCAAGAAGUUGGAGGAAAUGCCUUCUUGUCUAGAAAGCAUUUCGAUGCUUCAGAUGAUAGGGGCAGUUUCUUGUUCCGAAACUGUAAAUGAGUUGGUGAAAAAGAUCGGGCAAGUACAGGUGGACAAUGGAAAUUCAGAUCUGAAAAUCAAUAUUCAGCGAUACUAA